UGUUUGAAAUCUGGCAACAAGAUUUUCAGCGAAACGAAAAGUUGUAACGUGACGUUGCGUAAUUUAGAGUUGUUGCAAAUCGAUCUGUCACAUGUUUUAUUAAAUUACUUCCUUUUCGGUUUGUCUGGAUUUUCGACUAAGUCUGUUAAGCAUAACAAAUUAUUUCAUUAUGCAUAAAAUAUUUCCUGAUCAUUCUGAUAAACAUGGCAGUGCUAUGGGUACUUUUAAGCAAAGGAAAUCUCUAGCUACGAGAAAAGACGAAGUUGAAAAUAUUCGUUCAAAGUUCCCUACAAAAAUUCCUGUAAUUGUUGAAAGAUAUCAUAAAGAAUCACAGUUGCCAUUGUUGGAUAAAACAAAAUUCUUAGUACCUCAAGAACUUACAGUAUCUCAAUUCUUAACAAUAAUUCGAAAUCGAAUGCACCUUGGACCCAAUCAAGCUUUCUAUCUUCUGAUAAAUAAUAGGAGUAUUGCCAGUAUGUCUAAAACUGUUGCUGAAGUGUACUUAGAGAGCAAAGAUGAGGAUGGUUUUCUAUAUGUUACCUAUGCAUCUCAGGAGAUGUUUGGAUCACCAUGUUCUUCAAUGAAUGGUGAUUGUGAUAAGAGUCAGUAAUGUAAAGCAAAAUUGAGUUGUCCUUAGAGGAAGACUUUCAGUGAUAUCCACUGCCAAACGAGGAAAAAGUUCCAAAGACUGAAAUGGUCAUAAAAGUGAUUUUUUUUUGCUCAAUUAAGCAAAAGCCUAUACCAGGUCUUAGCCAAUAGAGCAACAGUAGAGUUUUCAUUAUCUGUUAUCUAAAUUGUAUUUGAAUUUAUGUUAUUAAACAUAACUAUUAUUUUACUA